AUGUCUCCUAAAGAUCUUUUUACCAAAUAUUUCCCAAGACGAAAGAAGCAAAAAGACACUGAAAAGUCAAAGCCAACACCUGACGAACCUAUACCAAGACGCGCUUAUACGGCCCCAGCACAUAUACAGAAGACACCUGCAAAUAAGGCGGGCUCUGCUGGACCUCCAUGGGGAAGAUAUCAUGCCCCACCUACCACUGACGGUGGAAACUACCCUGUUGGAAACAUGUAUGGAGGAGUCUCGGAUGACACAGUUGGCAAUAGUCACAGUCAUGAGCACAGGGAUAGAGGCCAUUGGGGAUGGGGAGGAGUAGAAGAUGGCUCGGGGAGUGACAGUCAUGGUUACGGAGGUCAUGGAGAUCAUGGAGGUAGCAGUAGUGGAGGAGGCUGUAGUAGUGAUUCGGGUGGAGGAAGCGGAGGAGGAGAUAGUGGAGGAAGCAGCGGUGGUGGUGAUGGCGGAGGAGGCGGUGGUGGUGGAGGAGGAGGUGAUUGA